AUGCCUGGUCAGAGAUUGUGCAGGCAGAAGAGAGGUGGUUGUAGGCCCGCGAGGCUGCAGAAGACACUGGCAACAUCAGAAGCUUUACAAGAACUGUCAGCUAGAGUCUGUAAGAAAUUACUUGUGAGAAGACUUACAGCAAAGAGAGGAACUGCACUGCUUGAAGCCAGAGGCUGGUCUGAAGAAGGCAGGGGAUUGGCCGCUGACCUGAAGAUUGAAUGCAGUGGCAGGGCUGAGAGGGAUGAAGAUGCAGUCAUGAGCAGCAGCACCCCUGCUUCACCAGCCAGCAAAAAGCAAUCAGAGAAGUUGUGA